AUGUUUGCGCCAGGGUCAGGAGGCCAAGCUGCCAGUUCCCUGCGCAGCUCGCGAAGGCGCCAGAGAACAAGUCUCGAAGACUCUGUGAAACCCCCAGCUGCUAAACGUCAACGAUCUUCCUUAAGACGAGAGCCCAAACAACCAUCCAGCAAAAAGGAUGCUAACACUGACCAAGAGCAUGGUAUUAAUAAACCAGGCGCUAACGUCAAUGACUACGGAGUUGAGCCAGGCUGCUGGAAAGAACAGACUCUCGCAAUUCGAGGCUCAGAGAAAACUAGCAAAGCAACGUCCCAGAUUGAUCAUGCCGUUGUCUUGUCUUCCAAUGAUUACUAUACAGUCACACGACUUCCAUCUGGAUCAGACCAACCAGGAGAGACAUUUUUAGGUCCUGCAAGAUGCAUAUUUAGUCCUGAGAGCGGGUUUGCACUGUUGCUAAGCGAGUCACGAGCUUUGGUAUGGCCUUACCACACCAAUGGCCCUGCACGGGGCGGUAAUGAUCUUCUGUCGGUAUCGUUGCCAGAUUGGUUGCCGGGACUCUUCAUUGUAGUACCAGCUACCGGUAAAAUGAUAUAUUGGGAGACUGCCUCGAAUGCAACGUUCGUGGGUAUUGCAAAACAAAAACAAAGCGGUCUUCAGGGAUCUAUUUCCGGCCUCUUCUACGGCGAGAAAGUUACCGAUGUCAUAAAUGCUGAGCCAUCCGGGGUCAUUACAACGUUUUCCAGUGGAAGAGUCGCGCAAAUCACAUUUCGAGACCCCCAAGGAAAACCCGCUUUGUCUAUCAACUUUUUACAAAGCACCACGAAACUUGGGGCGGGGGGGCUAUUCUUUGGUAUCAGAAGUGUUUUGGGAAGCUCGGGGUGGCGCAAAGAUACUGCUUCGGUUAGGGCUGGCAACUCACUCUUCCGAGGCCAACGAGACGUUAUUGUUAUGUCUACAUCAGGACUGCUUGAGAUCUGGGACUCUCACUGGAAUGGCGUCAAUAAAAUACGCUCCGAGAUUGAUCUACAGAAAGAAAUGUGCUCCUACUUGGGUCUUGAGUCUAAUGGCAAGCCGGAAAGCUGUCUCAAAGUACAUGAUUUCGUCGCUACUUAUAGGGAGACCAAAUCAUCUUCAAAUCUCGAGGAACAACACAAUAAAACGACUCUCUUCAUUCUUAUCGACAUAUCUCGCAACACACAUACGAAGAAUCUUGCUGUUAUUAAGGCACAGAUACACAAUGACAAUGUGAAGAUUUUGUCCUCGAACACACUAGAGAACCUGACAUCCGCCCAUGAUUCCGAAAAGCAGAGACCUAAGCUACAUGUAAUGGAACCGUGGGACACAGCUUUCAUUCUCACAGGACGGAAACUGUGGAUCAUGUCACUCCGGGAGAUAGAGGCAUCCCCUUCUUCCCAGCUUCUAAACGGCGUCAUUCCAAAGCCUUUUCAGGAUCGAAUUCAAUUCCAGGAAGGCGACAAGUACGAGAUACUUGGAAUUGGGCCCGAGGAAACGUCUUCAGAAACACAAAGUUUGGGCUGUAUCCUUAUGAUUCGUGGCUUUGGUCUGAUUCGUAUUUCUGCUACAUCACCCGAAUUGGAUACUGCUGAGUAUGUUCGUGUUACUGCUAAGCAGAAAAUUGAACAGGCUGUUUUCUUUGGUACAAUGUCCAACACGCCGCUUAGUUUUAGCAGUGAUGGCGAACCGGGAUUCACACUACAGGAGUAUGAGGAGGCGGCAUUACAAAUCUGUAAUGAUAUUCUUCGCUCUACUUCCCAACACAUUCCUCGUACAGGUAUAUCACUAGAACAAACUCUGCGUCGACGUUCGAAGGCCUUGAGUGAUCUUGCGACAGAAUUGAUUCGCCGGAGAAUACCGUUGUCGAAACAUGUCCGAUGGGAGUUGAUGUGGGCUGGCGAAAAGCUAGCUGCCCAAAGGUCUAUGUGGAAUUUGGAGGAAAGGUUUCGAGAACGAUGGGCUUCCGAGACCUUUCUUUCUCGAGUUAUAAACCUAAUGACAGACAAAUUCAAAACUGAAUACGUGCAUUCUCAUACCAACAAACAAAACGAUCAUGUGCGCCAAUGGUUCGACUGCGAUACUUUUCAGAUGCAGCACAUUAUUCCAUGGAUAUUCAAUGCGAUCCGUGGAUUGAAAGGACCAUCUGGUCGCUCUAGUCCCGAGUUUGUCUCGCAAGUAUACCAAGCUAGCGAGUUAUCACUAUCGGUUCUCGAGGGGGCAUACAAAUUCAGAGAAGACCAUGCACUGCAAUAUGGCUUUGAUGAGGGGGACUUUGAUAACGGGGUAUUGUCCGGCUCGUACUCCGAGAUACCCGAAUUCUGGACAUCCGAAAACAUGGUAUACAAUGAAACCCUUCAUAUGUUAGAUUUCGAGCUCGAAAGCUCAAGAUGGGUUCACCAAUCAGUAUCGGAUAUGUCUAUUGAAGAUCGUGACAUGCUAGCGAGUAUCGGGAAAAACAGUUGUCUUAGGCUUCGAGUUCUCAAUAUGAUGCUCACCGAAAGGGUUCGUUGGCUAGAUGCGCAGAAUGACCCGAAACUAGCAGAUGAAGCCAUCGCCCUGAAAGAUUCGAGUGUCAAACAACGGAGGUGGCAACUAUACAAGAUGGGUGGAAUCGGUCAACUUCAAGGGGCAAUCGACUUAGCAGAGGAGUUUCGUGAUCUAGAAGCACUAGUAGAGCUCAUGGUAGAGCUUCAGUACCUGGUCAGAAACAAAGGUAGCCCGAUAGAAACUACAAUCACUGUAAACUCAUCAACAGUGCGUGAUGAAUCCGGGUACAAACAAAAGAUCACGGGUUAUUUUGAUCACUUCGGUGAGCCGUUCGCAGAUGCGUUCUUCUCUCGAUAUAUCAGCAUUCAUCAGCCCGGCGUGUUGUUAACGAUGAAGGAUUUUCAGAGCCAUCUCACCAGGUUCUUACGAAAGAGGCCUUUAUAUGCCCCCUUGUCUUGGAUCAAUGAUAUUGUUGGAGAGGGCGACUAUCAAACUGCAUCAUCUGCUCUUGAGCAACUUGCCCUUGAUCAUGACGACAACAUAUGGGAUCAGCGAGUUCAACUCUCUUUAUCAAAAUUAACGAGAUUGGCCUCCUUGGAAGAGAGCGGUGUGAGCGACGAUACAGCAUCUGCUAGGCUGCAGAAGCUUGAUGACAAACUAGAAAUGGGCAAUCUGCAAGAGCGUCUGUAUGACCAUGUAUUGCCAGCUUUGCAUAGUGCAAUCGAUGAAAAGGCAGAGGUGGAACUAGCGAUGGAUCAAUUUGGAGGCCGUGUCAUCAAUCAACCUGCACUCAAGGAUCUUCUUGAGGAGUUAUUAACACGUUUGAUUCGCCGGCAACCCCUUGACGCCGAACAACUCAUUAAUCUUCUAACAUUGAUUGACGACGUAUGUUUCUUGGAAGGAGAUGACAGCUCAGUCUCUGGGCGCGAAUUUAACAAUGCUCUUCGCGUACUCCGCCUAAGUGGUUACGCAUCAAGCGAUCCUGUUAGGUACGACUUCCUACAGAAAUUGAUCUGGAGGAGAUGCUUCAUUCGAGACGAUUGGUACAGCAUUUCAAACACCGAAUUUCGCUCAGAUGAUAAGAACAAAUCUCUGUUUCUGAACACAAUGCUCGCGAGAACCUUGCUUGCUUGCGUUGAGGAUGAAACUCUUCAGAACCGAAGCCGAGGAGAUCUAUAUUCUGUUCCAAACCUGUCAGACGUUCUGAGUCUCGGGUCCUUAGAGCUUAUCAGAAGUCGUUUCCGCCCUGAGCAGUGGCCUCAUAUUGAGCGUGAUCUUCGUACUGAGGUCAAUCUAUUAGAGCGUCUCCUGGAGGUUACAAAAUUGAAAGAAUGGUUUUCGGGGAUCGUGUUGCUUGCUGAGGAAGAGUUUGCGGAGGCUUACGUGAAGGGGGAAAGGGUGGUGCCGGAGUCAACGAAGGCAAAGUUCAGCUGGGUAUAA